CGGCAGCGCGGACCUGGAGGAGAUUCUCAGCCUUCACGCGGUCGCCGAACCCCCACAACAGCGGCCGAGAGAAGCGGCCACAGCAGAACCACGCUAGCCGAAUCUUCUCUGGCAUCCAGCCAACUGGGAUCCCUCACCUGGGGAACUAUCUUGGAGCUAUUGAAAACUGGGUGAGACUGCAAACUGAAUACAGCAGCGUCCUGUACAGUAUCGUGGACUUGCACUCCAUCACCAUUCCUCAAGACCCCAGCACGCUUAGGCAAAAUAUUCUCGACAUGACGGCCAGCCUCCUGGCAUGUGGCAUCAACCCUGAGCGAGCAAUCCUCUUUCAACAAUCCAAGGUUGCUGAACACACAGAAUUAACCUGGAUUUUGGGAUGUUUGACAAGCAUGCCACGAUUACGUCACUUACCUCAGUGGAAGAUGAAAAGCUCUGGUCAGAAUAACGAAGGCACCGUGGGUCUGUUUACUUACCCAGUCCUGCAGUCUGCAGACAUACUCUUGUACAAAUCAACCCACGUGCCUGUUGGAGAAGAUCAGAUUCAGCACUUGGAGCUCACACAGGACAUAGCUCGCACCUUCAACAACAAUUACGGCAACUGUUUUCCUGUACCCAAAGCCAUUUUGAGUGAAACUAAGAAAGUGAAAUCGUUGAGAAAUCCUACAGCAAAGAUGUCGAAAUCUGACCCCCAACAAUUAGCGACUGUAAACAUCACUGAUUCACCAGAGGAAAUAGCAUUGAAGUUUCGAAAAGCGGUAACCGACUUCACCUCUGAAGUAACCUACGACCCAGAGGGACGUCCAGGGGUAUCCAAUCUGGUUGCUGUGCACACGGCCUUAACAGGAAUGAGUGUCGAGGAGGUUGUGCAUCAAAGCAGGGGACUAGACACCGCACGCUACAAAUCAGUGGUGGCUGAGGUUGUCAUUGAGAAAUUUGCACCUAUUAAAAAUGAAAUUGAAAAACUGAGAGCUGACCAAGGUUUCCUGGAGCAAGUCUUGAACCGUGGAGCUGAAAAAGCAAGAGAACUGGCAGCCCCAGUACACCAUGAAAUCCGAAAACUUGUUGGUUUUAGCUAGCGACUGUAAACUGCAUCUAUUGUAUUACUACAAAAUUACAAUGAAAUCAGUUUGAAAUGGUACCUCAAAGGAAUAGUGUCACAUGAGUGUUCAAAGUAAGGUCAACACUUUCAGAUUGAUCAACCCUUAAUUGUAUUGGAUCAUAAAUUUAACAUACUUUUUUUAAAAAAAGAAUGGUUAGUCCAAAGAAGUGUGAAUCACUUGUAUGGCAAAUGUAACUGUUCACAUCUAUUGAACUAUGGGGCAUAAAGCCACAACUUUCA